GCGGUCGGCAUGACCGCACCAUCCUGUCAUUCGCGGAAGAACCGUGCCAACGCACUCUCGGUUUUCGAGUUGCCUUUCGCUCGGUCCGUCACAGUCGACCGACGUGGUCGCCAGAGCCGGUGCAUGUUGCAAAAUUACCAAUUGGUUCGUUAACCCACUUCCUCAGUGGUGCGCCGUUGCGGCACCUAUCCGGUACGCGAGUAAUUUGAAAACAAUCUGUCGUUUUGUUCGAUACUUACGUGCGCGUGUCAAAUAUUAUACAGUGAGUAACAGUGACUUACACAGUUAUAUCAUUUACUCUCGGUUUGCGAUAUGUGGAACGUGAUGUGAUACAUAUUCAUUUUAUAUCAAGAUUAUUCAGUGAAAAGGUCAAUGAGAAUGAUAGUAAUCUGUGCUGUGCCCCUUGUAGAAGACCUUUUGUUGUGCAGACAACUCUAUAAAAACAAUGUUACGACGCCGAGGGACUUACACUGUCAACGCUGAUCCUGACAAUCGGCAUAGCAGAGUGAAACCGGCCGACCCCCCCUCGUUGGUUGCCAAAAAAAUAGGCGACGUGGAUACUCCUAAAAAGAACGAGCUGGCUUCGGAAAAGAAGGCUGCGUCCUCGCAUCGCAAGGACGGCUCAAAGGUGACGACUGUGGUGGCGACGCCGGGGCAAGGCCCCGACCGGCCACAGGAGGUGAGCUAUGCUGACAUGAAACUCAUCGGAAACGGCAGCUUCGGCGUCGUCUACCAGGCCAAACUAUGCGACACCGGCGAGCUGAUUGCUAUCAAGAAGGUGCUCCAGGACAAGAGGUUUAAGAACCGAGAGCUUCAAAUCAUGCGACGACUGGAGCAUUGUAAUAUUGUCAAAUUGAAAUAUUUCUUUUACUCCAGUGGAGAAAAGGCGGCAGUGCCCGCAGCAGUGAGCUCAAUGUUAAACGCAAUGCAGUCUCUUGAUGUCGCAAAAGACGAAGUGUACCUGAAUUUGGUGCUGGAGUACAUACCCGAGACUGUGUAUAAAGUGGCACGUCAUUACUCCAAAGAUGAACAAACCAUACCCAUUAGUUUUAUAAAGCUGUAUAUGUACCAGUUGUUCAGAAGCCUCGCGUACAUACACUCGUUGGGCAUCUGCCACCGAGACAUCAAGCCACAGAACCUACUCCUUGAUCCUAAGACCGGUGUACUCAAGCUUUGCGACUUUGGUUCGGCGAAACAUCUUGUUCGCGGAGAGCCCAACGUGUCCUACAUCUGUUCCCGAUACUACCGCGCUCCAGAACUCAUUUUUGGCGCCAUAGAUUACACCACUAAAAUCGAUGUGUGGAGCGCUGGCUGCGUAGUAGCAGAAUUAUUAUUGGGUCAGCCAAUAUUCCCAGGUGAUUCUGGUGUCGAUCAAUUGGUUGAGAUCAUCAAGGUACUAGGUACUCCGACACGAGAACAAAUUCGAGAGAUGAAUCCUAAUUAUACAGAAUUCAAAUUCCCACAAAUCAAGAGCCACCCUUGGGCUAAGUUCAUGUUGGAGCGUUUGUCCACGCCCAAGUCUGCCACUGACCACCAGCGCAUCCGAGUGUUCCGCGCGUGCACGCCGCCGGACGCGAUCUCGCUGGUGUCGCGGCUGCUGGAGUACACGCCGGGCGCGCGCCUGUCGCCGCUGCAGGCGUGCGCGCACAGCUUCUUCGACGAGCUGCGCGAGCCCGCCGCGCGGCUGCCCAACGGCCGCCCGCUGCCGCCGCUGUUCAACUUCACGGAGUACGAGCUGAGCAUCCAGCCGUCGCUGAACGAGUUCCUGAAGCCGCGCGCGGGCGGCGCGGCGCCGGACGCGGCGGGCGGCGCGGCGCCGGCGGACGACGCGCCAGGCGAGGCGGGCAGCAGCGCGGCCGGCGCGUCCUAGGCGAGCCAGUUCACCAGCGAGAGCCCCACAAGCGACAUAGUGAUACUUACUUUCGUGUUGGCCAUCGGGAAAAUUACAUGCAUAAUAGGUGUUUUCGGCGAGUAAUCGUGUGAUACUGUAGUGUAAUUGUCGAUAAAGCUUGAGCUGUCGUAGUCGGUAAGAAGGGUAAAUCCGUUGUAGAUUCUAAACCGUCGCGAUGUGAUUACUUUGUACUUUUGUAAGCUCAAAUUGUCCCCUUAUGUACAUACCUUAUAUGCUGAGUUUGAAUGUUUAUUUAGUAAACGACAGAUAAUUACCGUCUGGAUAAAUUGUUUUGUUUUAUUUUCAUUUUUAAUAUCUCGUCAGAUUCUGUCUCUUUUUAAAUGAUUUUGCUUAUAAUUGUAGCCUUAAUGUACUCGGUGUGAGACGUUUUUAUCAUAGAGAGAGGUUAGUCACCUGUUUGUUUCACUUGAAUCACCUAUCGAGGGUAGACACAUGAUACUUACCUUGCUUGGGCCGUGUAAUCAGUAGGGAUGACAUAUUCAGUAGUGUAUUAGAGUAUUUAUUGUUGAAAAGUAUCACUAACUCAACAAACUUUUACGAAGCGUAUGCCUAGUGUUAUUUCAACGAUGAAACUUAGCAAACGGAAUAUUUUGUUGCAACAAUAGUACGCAUUGUAAAUUUUUAUAACUAGCGUAAACUGAUCUCUCAAGAUAAUUUAUAAUAAUGAUAUGAUAUCUCAGAAUAUUUGUAUAAACAAUUCAGAGGAUAUAAAUUUUAGAUGUACUACACAUAUAUAUUUGUUUUCGGCAACUUCUAUGUUAAACAUUUUUUGCUGUGUAUUUUGAAUUAUCCAAUGCUGGAUAAAUGUAAUGUACCUAUUUAAUAGCACUGUCGGUGUCCUAAUUAUAACGACAUAGUUUUUGGAUAAUAUUGUAUUCUAUAUUCAAUAAAUGAUAUUUCUAUUAUAUGAAAUUUGUCAUUGAGAACACUAUGGUUAUUAGUAGUCAUUUAUGAAACGAUGUUUAAAUAAUGGUAAAAUUUCAUUGUCAUAGUUUUAAGUAAUCGAGUAAUUUCAUUUUGCACUUCGAUUUUGAAUACAGUUACAAAUUAGGAAAGGUUUACUAAACCUCUAAGUAUAGUCUAACAAAAUCUUUUCUUCAUGGUGUAGAAGUAGCCUAAACGCAAAACUUAUUGGUGUAAUGUCGAUUACCUCUUGCACCACUAUUUAGAGAAAAACCUGGUAUUAAAAAAUUCAGGCAGCUGAAAAGCACGAUUUUGCAUAAAUAACAUAUUUUAGUCUUAUUUGGACCAACUCAUAGUAACACAUCAGCUUUGCAUGACAAUAUUGAUUCAGAGAAAUAAUGAACUAAUCAAUAUUUCAGUUUACUAUUACAUUCUCAUUAUCGAUAAUUUUAAAUGCUUAGCUGAAUCGAUUUAACAUUUAUUAUCCUGUUCUUUAGACAUAAACCAGGGCCCCGACCAUUAAAAUAAUUAAUUAUAACGUAUCAUUUAUUGUGUACCAUGUUACGACAGGGCAGGACUGAGGUCGGUCUUUCUCCUCGCUAACUUCGCGGUGUUAGGUAGCCGUUUCUUAUUGCGCCGCGUGCCUACCUUUGUGAAAGAUCGAAUUCAGUGAAGUAUACCUGUUUUACUUAUAAAUUAUUGUAUUUUAAGAAGAGCGCUCCGCGCUUCGCUUUGAAAUCACAUAAUAGUGGAUGUUAGUUUUUGUCGUUAAGGCUAUUGAUUUGCUGGAACACCCGUAUAAUUCGUGUAAAUAUAUUAUAAUUAUCUUUAUGGUACGACUCUUGAGUGACGCGUGGCGGUGCCGCGGGAGGCUCGCUCGCAAGCGGCGCGUGAGUCGCCACCAUACCGCACCGGACUCAGUAAGAGACAGUAGUUUAGAUAUUACAUGUAUUUUAUUAAGUCUAUCUAUCUAAUAUGAAUUUUGUAAUCGACGUUGCUUCUUAAGACCUCUGUGUAAAAAGUUAUAAGACAUACUAGUGACCUGAAUAUUUGAAGCGAUGUUAUUAAAAUCUUUAUCCCACUGAAUUCUCACUUUCACGAUUUGCGUGCACAUUUACAACAUGAGAAUUUUCCGUAAAAUACAUAGUUCGAAAUGGAGUUAUGACUUAUUAUAUAAAUUAUUUAAAGUAAAUUUUUCUUAUUACUGUAAUAAUAUUAAAUUUAAUAGUGAGUGAAAUUUGUAUUUUGUUUUCAUAUUUGUUUUACUGAAUUUAAAUACUUCAUAACCCUCAUAUCGUUGUUAGUUAUGAAUGAAAAUAACAUAAUUAUUAAAAGUAAAUAAUUAAAUGAAUAGUAA